AUGGAGCGAGCGAGAGUCGAGAAGCUAGCGAUUGAGGAAAGACUCAAGGCCGAAGCCGCUGCCCGCGAAGCCACCAACGAUGUCGUGUUGAAGGACAAGAUCUCGUCCGUUCCGAUUGAGAAGUUCUCUGUCAAAAAAGCUAUGGAAGCCAAGUAUAGGGCGCGGACUCAAAUCAAUCAGAAUGCCAAUACCUCCGAAUCCAUUGAUCUGUCCACGGCCGCCAAUGGCAAAUCAGUACGAUUCUCGUCUGUCGUCGAGGAGAAGGCUGCCGACUCCGCCUCGGCUACUGCGCUGGAAGCUCUCAAUGACGACACGGAUCGUGACGUGUUGGCGAAUGAAGAACAUCUGCAGCUCUCCAAUGAGGAGGCAUUUUUUCUCAUCUAUGCGCUUGGUGUCCUCCGCGUUGUCGACCCAAAGGACAAUAGCAUCAUCUCGACGUCGUCUCUCGUUCCACUUUUCUGCCAUAGCUCCUACUAUCCUCCUCGCAAUGCUUCUGCCGAGCUCCAGCCGGACGACCCCUUCAUGAUAUCUUACGCUGCCUAUCAUCACUUCCGCUCUCUCGGGUGGGUGAUCAGGUCCGGCGUGAAAUUCGGAACAGAUUAUCUCCUCUACAACCGUGGCCCGGUCUUCUCCCAUGCCGAAUUCGCCGUCAUCAUCAUUCCUUCCUACAACCAUCCUUACUGGUCCGAGACUGAAGAGCGUCGGCAGCAUGCAGCUGAGCAGCAGAAUCGAAGUUGGUGGUCGUUGCAUUGUGUGAACCGUGUGCAAAACCAAGUGCUUAAAAGUUUGGUGGCUUGCUACGUCGAAGUGCCCCCUCCGAGUGCCUCAUCCGAUGACAUUGGCGCCUUGAUCAGCCGCUACCGGGUCCGGGAAUUUGUCUUGAGAAGGUGGGUUCCCAACCGAACUCGCGAUUGA